AUGGCGGUUCGCUGCAACUCCGUCCCAUCCUAUCACCGGCAAGAAGCGCGCUGCGACCAGGAAGCGCUCGCCCAGCACAUGGAGCGGCGCGGGGCGCGCGCGGUCGGUGUCCUCGGGGAUCGGUGCUCCCGGCCGGGUCAAGGCACCCGGCUGGCCCGGUGCGGUUGGAGGGCUGGAGGGCACGCACGCCGCCCCCGCCUCCCCGUCGCCGCUGGCUUCGGCUGGGGGGCGAGUUCACACCCUCGGCCGGCGCCGCGCACGGCCCCAUCCUCCCGAGGUCUCCUAGCCGGCGCGUGCGCGGGCCCGGCCGACCUUGACCGCCGCAGCUCCGCCGCACCCUCUCCCGCCCGCCUGCUGUCCCCGGCUGACCCCGGGCAGGACUGCCGCGAAGGAACGCGCCGCCGCGGCCGCCUCCCCCUCGAGCCCAGCUCCUCCUCCCUCGCAAACGAGCGGCCCCAGGGGACCGGGGACGCAAAAGGGCGGGCGGUGGGCGCCGAGAGGAGGAAGCCGGGGUGGGGCUUGGGGUCCCCACCACCACCCCCCGGCCGCAGAAGCCUCCCCAGCAGGCAGGCCCCGCCGCUGCGCGGGGUCCCCGGGACCUCGACCUUCCCCGGGCCUGCGGCGGGGACCCAGGCGGGCGGUGGAGGGAGCUGCAGCUUGGGAUCGUCCACUGAGCUUCCUUCGAGAACAAAACAGAUUCGAGGGAGCCGGCAGUUGGGCGUCUUUCAACUUAAACUGCCUCCUGCCGCCGGUCGGCCGCUCCCCAUCCCGCGCCCCCGCCCCCGCGGGGGCCUGUCGCUUCCUCCUCCCCUGCCCACCCCGCCCGCCCCCCCGAAAUCCCCAGGCUCUUCCUCCUCCCCUCCCGGCAAGUGA